AUGAUUGUUGAUGAAGACAAUGAUGACUUCCCAGGUAGAGUACUAGAACAAGAAUGUAGAUGGGAUCACCUUGAAUCGCAAAGUGACAACAACGAAAAACACUCAAUAAAGACAAAGGGUUUCGAGUACAAGUCAUCCCUUCUUCCGCCCCCAUCCUUAUCAAUCAGCAACAUGUCCGCGUCCAACGACAACGAUGUCAUCAACAUGGCGCGCCCACGAUCGCGGCUAUAUCGCCGCCGUCUUCCACAACCACACCCGGCACAACAUCGAAGCUCGAUGGCUCCUGCCGCCAUGAGUGAUCCUUGCGACUGCUGCAAGAGUAAGGUGAAGUUCAUCAGGCAGAUGCGUGGUAACUUCAAAGAUAGUGUGGUCAUACCACAGCGGCUCAUGAACCAUUUUGGAGGCGAUACCUCUGGAACCAUAAAACUAGAAUCCCCUAAUGGCCAGGUGUAUGAUGUUGGAGUUGCCAAGAAGGUGAACAGAACGGUCCUCCUGUCUGGAUGGGAGGCUUUUGUCGAUGCCAAUCAGAUACAGGAGAACAAUUCCUUGAUGUUUCGGUACAUUGGAUUCUCCUGCUUCAAGGUUACGGUAUUUGAUUCCAAUGGCGAGGAGAGAAUCUUGUGCCGUGCCAGGAUGGGAAAUCCUUCUCAAGUUGAAAAGCCAAGCAUGCAUCGUUCUGUUGUUUUGGCCAGUCCCCUUGAUGGUACCACCCAGUCUUCAGAUUCAGAUGACUGCUACAUAACGCCAGGAAAGAUACCUGCAGUAAAAUAUUCUGCUGAUGAAUUUUCAGGAGAACAAAUGGAAGAAAUUGAAGCGUUUGUCUCAAAAAUUCAAUCUGAAAUCCCUGUGCUUGUGGUAAAGAUGAACAAGACCAAUGUGUCCGACUACCCUGAUCUGGUAAUACAUAAGGAGUACGCGGGCGCAUACUUUCCGCCCAGAACUCGAUUUGUCACACUCAAGGUGCCUGAGAAUAGCAAGGGUUGGCAAUGCAAAUUCUGCAUUAGACCUGUUGGCGGGCACAACCUUUAUUUGCGUGACUUUGUCCCUGACAAUCAUGUUCAGGAGGGAGAUCUCUGCCUCUUCCAACCAAUCACAGAGGUUGAGGCAACAAACUUCGCAAUUAUGGUCCACCUGCUUUCCAAAGCUGGAAGAGCUGGUAUACCCUCAAAUCAAGGAGGAGACAAUCCACAUGAAUGUGGAUCUAUCUGCUUGGAUCAACGGGAGACUUCCUCCAAGCUUCAUUAUGUCUUAUCAAGUAGGUGCCGACUGGAUGAAGAAGAUGUGGCUGAAGUAGAUGCUCUUGGUACGAAAAUUCAACCUGAUAUCCCUUUUCUUGUGGUCCAAAUGACAAAGAGCAAUGUCAAUGGAUCACGACCUUCUCUGGUCAUUUGUAGGGGUUAUGGAAGGGCACAUUUUCCCAAAGGAAGGCAAACCAUCACACUUAGACUCCCAGUAGGGAAGAAGAAGUGGCAUGCUAUUUUCCACAUCAGACGAGACAGCGGUGGGUACGUCCUCUAUGGUGGGUGGGUAGACUUUGUCCGUGGCAACAAUUUGCGCGAGCAGGAUGUCUGCCUGCUCCAACCAAUGGACAAGGGUGAGGGGAGAAGGUUCACGGUGAUUGUCCAUUUGCUUCCCAAGGCAAGAAGCACCAGCAGGAAAGUCAGAUCUGGAUACGUGGUACUAGGCGACGGUACCUGCUUGACCCUCCCACAGGAGAAGAUAGUUGCUGAAAGGGUGAAGGUGAUCCAAUCUGAAGCGCCCAUUUACGUGGCAAUCAUUGAUAAGAGCAGUUAUUUUGCCCUUGACCUGGGCGCCAUGGGAGGUGCUCCUGCUGAUGGUCAUCUUCCAGACGGGGCACAGACUCUGGUGCUCCGUCAGGCAGGGUGGAGCAAGGCGUGGCAUGCCGAGAUGCUCGACAGGCGGAUGCUGCCCGGGGGAGGGUGGCAUGAGUUCGCCGCCGACAACCGGCUGCAGGCCGGAGAUCUCUGCCUGCUGGAGCCGGUGAAGGGCGAGGUGCUUGCCAUGUCUGUCCACAUCAUCCGCCGUGAGCAGUACUAUUAGCUUAGCAGCUUAUGUGUGGGAGUCAUUCAAGGGCGCUAGUGAUGAUACAUUGCUCUUUUCUGAUGCUAUUUUGGUGAUGGUUCGUUCUGUGAUCAUUCAUGGGAGUUUGUCUGGUCUGAUCUCCCAUGCAUACAUUCAGUGAUAUCUGAUAUGCACCAGUACAUUUCUAACUUCUAAGAUAGAAUGGCGGAGCAGAAGCUUUU